CAUACCUGCGCAGCCGGUACUGAAGAUGCGCUUGUCCCUGUAGUGAGAAUUUCCAUGUUCGGCCCGCGUGAGCUACAAAUUUCCGCGAUAAAGGGGCAUUUGCCGCAGUAAGACUGCUCUGCUGGGGAAGGAGCCACUCUAGGGCCGAGUCACCAACUCACCACUCGUCCGGUUCAUCACCUGGCUCAACAGCAGGUGCCUGUUGCUGCUGUUCUGCGUUUGGCUGGCUAUCUUCCCUUGACGUCGAGGAUCCCAUCGCGACGUAGAAUCGGAAGAGCCGAAACGGCUAGCAGAGGAGGGGCUUUCUUUCUCCGUUUUUAGUUGUUGUUUGAAAGUGUUUGGGGAAACCCGCGCUGCCGAGUCAACACCAGGACUAAACUUUUUUUUUUUCUUGCUCGUCCUUUUCGCUCAACGUGACCCUGAGUCAACAACACACUGCCAAUUUGGGAAGUCUGGGAUGGCCUCCCAAAAACUCAACGUCCUGGUCUACACAGGCACCGGAUCGACGCUCGAAUCCGUGCGGCACUGCAUCUACUCGCUGCGCCGGUUGCUAGGCCCCAACUAUGCCGUGACCCCGAUUACCGAGUCGGCCCUGCUGAAGGAGCCAUGGGUACCCACCUGUGCGCUCCUUGUCUUCCCCGGCGGCGCCGACCUCGGCUACUGCCGCGUCCUCAACGGCGCUGGCAACCGCAGCAUCGCCCAAUUCGUCCAUCGGGGCGGUGCCUACCUGGGAUUCUGCGCGGGCGGCUACUACGGUUGCCGUCGCUGCGAGUUCGAGGUCGGAAACCCGGAGCUGGAAGUCGUUGGCAGCCGGGAGCUGGCCUUCUUCCCCGGGACCUGCCGCGGUGGCGCGUUCAAGGGGUUCCAGUACCACAGUGAACGCGGUGCGAAGGCUGCUGAAAUCUCGGUGGCCAAAGCGGCAUUCCCUGAGCCCUCGCAGCUUCCAGAUGUCUUCCGGUGCUAUUACAAUGGCGGCGGCGUUUUUGUAGACGCCGGCAAGCUUGCUGCCAGCUCCAGCGACGUCCAGGUGCUGGCCGAGUACACGGGUGACCUGGAAGUCGAGUCCGGGCCCGCCAAAGCUGCGGUUGUGUACUGCAAGGUUGGCGAUGGCGCCGCGAUUCUCACAGGCCCGCACCCAGAGUUUGACGCCGUCAACCUCAGCCCCCAGACUGACGUCCCGGGCUACGAUGCCCUCAUCGACGCCCUCAAGGCGGACGAAGAGGCGAGGACCACCUUCUUGAAAGCCUGCCUUGCGAAGCUCGGCUUGGAGGUCAGCCAAGCCGCAUCACCCGUGCCCAGCCUGUCCAAGAUGCACCUUUCUGCGCUUCGUCCCGCUGAAGUCGGCGAGAUUUUGUACUCCUUUAACCCAAUUAUCACCAAGCAAGAUGGCGAGGAGUACAUCAAGGGUGAUAACGACCUCUUUCAUCUCGAAAAGCCGGACUCGAGAUGGUCUUUGGCGUCCUUGAGCGAAGCGCUGGCGGGCGAAUUCGAGGCGUCGAGAAAAAACACCGGCCGUGGUUCCCCGGACCCAACCGUGGCCGACUACAGCAAAGUCCCAAAACGCAUCGUUGCGCACGAGGACGCUUGGCCAGACCCCAAGGAGACUCCGUACUUCAACCACGCAGUGUUCUUCUCGAGUUUGCGAGAGUUCAGGGAGAGAGAGCCGGAAGCCGAAACCUGGGGUGACGUGCUGAUAAACCAUAAUCUCCUCUCAACGUUACCCACGGGCUUCACACUUGCUGCCACGACCCAGGUAGCAGGCCGCGGCCGAGGCGCCAACGUCUGGGUAGCUCCGCCAGGCUCUUUGAUUAUGUCAACUGUCAUCAACCAUCCUGCGCAUUACGCGACAAGCCGGCCCAUUGUUUUCAUUCAGUACCUUGCGGCCCUGGCCAUUGUCGAGGCGGUCAGGUCCUAUGACGAGGGCUAUUCCGAGGUGCCCAUCAAGAUCAAGUGGCCCAACGACGUCUACGUCAGGGAUCCCACAAAGCCGGACGAAGUUUCCUACGUGAAAAUUGGUGGCAUCCUUGCCAACUGCGCCUAUUCGUCAGGAAACUAUCAGGUGGUCCUCGGCAUCGGCAUCAACACGAAAAAUGGUCGGCCAACCACCAGCCUCGACGCACUCCUUCCGCUGCUCGAAGGAGGGAAGAAGCUGGAACCCUUCCGCAUCGAGCGGCUGCUGGCUCGGAUCUUGACCCGUCUGGAGGCGCUCUACGGAGAGUUCUGCCGCAACGGGUUCUCGCGGGAACUCGAGGGGAAGUACUACCGGCACUGGCUGCACACCAACCAGGUUGUCACGCUCGAGGCCGAAGGCGGGGUCAAGGCGCGAGUCGUGGGGAUCACCAGGGAUUGGGGCAUGUUGAUGGCGCAGGAGCUGGCCGAGGACGGCAUCAAUGGCGCGCUGAGAUCGACCGGCAAGGUGUGGGCGCUGCAAAGCGACGAGAACAGCUUUGACUUUUGGCGGGGCCUGGUCAAGAGGAAGAUCUGAGACCGCUGUUUCGGCUCGGCCGAGACAGAAGGUGGGUGGUGUGGGCGUGGUCGCCUGGAGGCUGGAGGCUGGGUUGCACUCGAGCACGGUC